AUGGCGACCUUCUUCAUUAACAAUAUCAACUCACAUUUGGGCUAUAUAGCUCUGUACCAGUAUUGAUCGUCAUCAUUGCAAAUGUAACCAUUGUAAUAGACUUCGUUUCUUGCACAUCUUAGAUCGGAUUUAGAGAAAUAUUCACAUGAAUAAAAUAUUACUGAUUAGCUUAAUUUGGUCUUAUAUAAUUGUUUAAAUAAUUAUAUAAAAAUAAUUCUAAUAAUUGGAAUGAUAUUCUGAAAAUAAAUCAAACACAUAUUUUGUAGCUAAAUAGCUCUUCUCUCACCCUGCUGAUUAAGUAAGAAUUUCUCUGUAAUCAGCUUUGCUCAAAAUGGCUAAUUAAUAGUGAUUAGUCAUAUUGAUUGGCAAGCUAAAACCAUUUUGACAAGCAAAUGCGCCAAUUUUUAAGUGUCUUUAUUAUAAAUAUUAAUUUUUAAUUUGAGAUAUCCUUUUAGACUGACACAGAUAAGUAUCUUACCUACUUUUACCUGUUUCUAUAGAAUUUAGGUUUAAUCAAGUAAAUUUUAUUAAGUUCAGUGUGCUUAAUUAUUAGAAAAAGGUUUUUUUAAUAUGCAUUAUUGUUCAGCAAAUAUUGACUUUAGUGGAUUUCAAAAAUGGCUUAUUUAAAUUAUGCGUAUCAGCGGUGUAAUGUGGAAACAAUCUGCAAUAUAUAUUAUUUGUUGAAUAUUGAGUAAUUACCUACACUUAAGAUUCCAAUUUUUAAUAAAUGUACUAUUUGUUUAUUUUACAUAGCAUAUAUUUGAUUAGCAAAUUAAAAAAUAAUAUUAAACCUAAUCUAUAGAAAGCAGGUAAAAAAUAGGUAAGAUACUUAUCUGUGUCAGUCUAAAAGGAUAUCUUAAAUUAAAAAUUAAUAUUUAUAAUAAAAAUACUUAAAAAUUGGCACAUUUGCUUGCCAAAAUGGUUUAACUUGACACCCAAUAUGACUAAUCACUAUUAAUUCACCAUUUUUGGGCAAAGCCAAUUACAGAGAAAUUCUCACUUUUCAAGCAGGGUGAGAGAAGAGCUAUUUUAGUUACAAAAUAUGUGUCCGAAUAAUUCCAAUUACUAGAAUUAUUUCAUAAUUAUUUAAAAAAUGAUUUUAUUUAUAUCCUAAAUAUUUCUCUAAAUAGUAAAUCUGGUCUAAGAUGUGCAAGACACGAAGUCUAUUAGAAUGUUUCCAUUUUCAAUGAUGACGAUCAAUACUGGUCCGAGAGCUGUACUCUUAUCGAAGAGCUCAGAAACGACGAUAUCAUUGAAAAGAACCCUAAUGUCUUCUAUGGUACCCAAGACCCCAAAAACCAAGACCCUUGUCCUCCAGGUGUAUCAAAAGUUCUGAAUGUAUUUUCCAAUUAGAGAAAUAAGCCGAAAACUUUUUUAAGAAAUCUUUUAGAAUGCGAUGUUAUAAUCUAUGAUCUUUUUACAGCAGAUCUAGAAGAAGUUGAAGACAAACUAAAAAGCUUGAAAGGCUCAACUUUCAAUACCAAUAAAACGGUCGUCCUCAUCUCUAGCGUCACUGUAUGGGGAGACACUCCACCUAAAAAAAUUGAAAUUCCUAUAACUGAAGAGGAACAAAGCAUAAACAUCGAGGAAAGCCGAAGAGUUUUAACGCCUGAUAUUACAAAAGAAAACCAAUCUGAUGAAGGAAUCAUUGAAGAAAAUGAAGAUGAAAAGAAAGAAGAAGGGGAAGAAGGUAAAGAAGAAGAGGCCAAAGAAAAUGAAGAAAAAAAUAACAUGAAAAAUAAGGAACUUGAGCCAGAACCAAAAAAGAAAUACAAAAUUCUGCCAUUUGAAGAAGCAGAUUAUCAGAUGAGAAAAGCAUACCCAAGAUAUGAAAGCUGGAAAAGGCUAGAAAAUUUUGUGCUUGCAAUGAAUGAUAAAGAAAACAUCAGGGCUUAUGUAAUAUGCUCAGGGAUAAUAUAUGGGCAAGGCGAAGGAGUUUUGGCUGAGCACUUCCUUUCAGCCUGACUUGGAGAGCCUGAUGCUAUUCCGUAUAUGCCUCCAGGUGAUAACCUUGUCCCAACAAUACACUUACUCCCUGUGAGGGACUAGUAAUUUGUUCUCUCACAGAGGGUUAUUUUUUUUAAAAAAAUUUAAACUUUUUUUAUAUAAAAAUUUAAAUAAUCCAUUUCGUAAAAAUGAGAAGUAAAAAUUAAUUUAGUUACAAAAUUUAUAUUUUAAAAUGCUAUUUGUAAAUUAAACAGAAUUAACUAGAGAUUUCAUUAUAAUAAUUAUCACUUAUCACGUAUAUAUCAAAAAUUUUUCAUAAAAAUUAUUAUAUUAAAAAAAUUUUGUUGACUCAUGGAGGGUGGGUUUUACCCGAAAUAUAUAUAGAGGCUGCCUUUGAGUAGCGCUCUAAGCGCCCGAGACUUCCCGACGAAGUCUGGGCGGUGGUUUGACCAGCUGAUGUUGGUCAAACCAGCAUCCAAUUUGACAAACCUUCUGUAUGAGAAGAAUUUGUCAUUUUGGAUGUUGGUUUGACCAACAUCAGCUGGUCAAACCACCGCCCAGACUUCGUCGGGAAGUCUCGGGCGCUUAGAGCGCUACUCAAAGGCAGCCUCUAUAUAUUUUAUUUCAAUGGUUUAUUCGCUUACAGAGAAUUAGUGGAUUUGGCAAGAUCUGUAAAGCAUUUGGUUGAGAAAGUCCCGAUAAAUCUUUAUAUUUUGGCUAUUGAUAAAACUAAAAACCGUUCGCAAAAGCAUAUAAUAGAAGCCAUAGCUAAGGGCAUAGGCAAUGGUAAAAUUGAGACUAUUGAUUAUAGAGAAGCUGCAUUCGAAGAGUGGGGAGAGCCACUUGCAAUUGAUUUAUGAAUGAAACCUUCUGCAACAUUAGGCUUCAAUGAUCAAGGUUUUCCGUUACCUUUUUCUUGGCAUUGCCUAGAAGGAAUCCCUGAAAAUAUGCUGCUACUAAAUGAAGAAUUCAAUGAAUAUCGAGGAUUAAGUGCUUUGAAAAUUUUCAUAACUGGUCCUCCAGCAUCUGGAAAAUCCCAUCAUGGGAAAAAAAUUGCAGAGUUUUAUAAUAUUCCUUAUAUAAACGUAGGACUUCUUGUACAAGAAAUAUUAAGCUCACAAUCUGAGCUUGGGGAAAUUGUUAGAAAUAAAUUAGCUGAUUUAAAAAAACAUAUGAUUGAAGAGGCUGAAGCCAAAAAAAAGAAAAAUCAAGAAUUAGAUUAUAGCAAAUUUAACCCAAGAAUCCCUGAUGAUCUCCUUGUAGAAGUUUUUAAAUGGAAAUUACAGUCAAAUCUGUGUAGAAACCGAGGAUUUCUGCUUGAUGGGUGGCCGAGGAAAUACGAUGACGCAAAAAGAUUGUUUUUGCAAGGCACUGAACUGAAUAUGAAAAUUUAUCCUCAAAGUAUCAUUGUUCUAAAAGGAGCGAAUGAUGUGCUAAUACAAAGAGUCAAGCAACUGCCAGAAACAGCUACAGCAGGGACCCAUUUUACUGAUGAAGGAAUGAAACGAAGACUUGCAGCAUAUAGAGAAGCUAAUAAUAAUGAUAAAGGAAAUGUAACAGUCCAAGAUUUUUUCACACAGCAUAAAAGCGAAAAUCUAGAAAUAGACUGCAUAAUGGAAGAAAAUGCAGCUUUUGACCACAUAAAAAAUUACAUUGAUAAAAACAGAAAAGUCACUAAUAUUUCUUUAGCUGAAACUGAAGAGGAGCCAGAAAAAAAUUUCUUUCAGCCAUCUGCUAACUUGUUAAGCGACCCUGAAGCUUCAAAGUCAAUGCCAAACGUAGAAAAGGCGAAUAAGCCGGAUGUAGAAGCUUUGCUAUUUGUGGAACAAAUGAAAGCAAGAGAAAAAGAACUUCUAGAAGCAAGGUCUCAGCCGCUUAGAUAUUAUUUAAUGGAGCACGUUAUUCAACACGUUACAGAAGGGCUCUUUGAAAUAUGCAAAAAGUUGCCAGAAGAUCCAGUAGAAUAUCUGGCUCAAUUUCUUUACAAGAAAAAUGAAGAAUUUUCUAAAGGGACUUAA